AUGUCUCACACGCCUACCAAAACAACUCAUCCUCCGCAAGAAAAUGUCACUUCGCCCAUCGGAUCUUCCCUGGGUCACAGCCAACCCCCAUCGCUUGGUGGGCCGCGUCUUAACAAGGCGCGGAACGAAGAGAUGCACCGACGGCAUAGCAGCAUCAGCUACCGGAAAAGUCCGCCCGAAGAACCCAACCCCAUUCGAUUUCACCAUGCGCGCUCAUCUUUAGCAUCAACUUGGACACCACCUCAUCUUGCUCACAAUCGAUACAGCCUUCAACUAGCCACUCUGAAUUUGUAUGAUCACCUUCAGAACGCCGGGCAAGUUGCGGAAAGUCCCGGACAAGUCCAAAGUGGCCUACCAACAUCCAAAUCCUGGGCCUCUUCUGAUGGAUUCGUCGUUCAGACCAACCACACUGACGGUAGUAGAACGGGAUCGAUCAGCACAACAACAUCCAAUCCAUCAUAUGUCGCUCCGAACAGAGGGAUGAGUCUUGUCGAGCAACACGGAGAUCUAUUGACAUUCAUAGCCAAGAAGGAGCGCAGGUGUUUGGACCUUAGAGAGGGUAUCCAACGACCUCCUAUACACUCGGCUGUUUUACCUAAAUCUGAAGAAGAGCUGCGUAAAUUAAAGAGAAAAUGGGAAAUCGUCAUUGGAAGAUCUUUGGCCUCUCCCACUAUGGCCGCCGGUGUUUCCUCUCCGGUCAUAGACUCUCGACGACAAACAUCAACCUCAGGUUCAGUACCAGAAAGGCAGCCUGGUUCAAGCCCCUCGUCAAACUCCAUUCCUGCCACUCAGCAGGAAGCUGCCCGUCAACAGCAGGACCUUACGGAAACUCAUGAGGUGGAGCUUCGGUCACUUCGAUCGCCUCAUGAAGCUGGAUAUCCCGACCCUCCUCGACAAGAUCUGAACUCAUGGGACCCUUUUCUACAGCACAUUGAGCCCGUUAGCUCCGUAGCCAAAAAAUGGGUUGGCGGCAUUGGGAAAGGAUUUUUAGACCUUCUUCAAGAAGCGCACGACAAUCCUUGCCCAUCCCCUUCACUCUUACAUAGCCGUCCUGCGCGAGAUGGUAUACCUUCUGCGAAUAAAUCCACCCUUCAUGACAAACAAAAGUUGGCCACCCUAACAAGUCCAUCCAUGCCGACAAAGCUGCUCCUUGAAAAAUCAAUCCAAAAUCGAGUUGAGGCUGUCUCAAACACCCUCCAGCAAGCACCCUCUACCGCGUCUUUGCCGUCAUCUCCCGUCCACCAGCUACGUAUGCGAACGCACGCUCAUAGCUCUAGCAGCAACUCCAAUAGCAUCAUUGAUAGCUUCGAUGCCGGCAGUAGUCAUAGGACAUCAAUGUCUUCGAUCGUCCCGACCUCAUUUCCUAGCGCAGAUCGCGCGACAACUACCGCCGUCCAUUGUCAACCGAAUACCACUUACCGAACACUCAUUCAAUCUUGCUCGACUGACAGCGGUCCCUUGGCUGACAUCGCUUCUGAGCCUGGUGUGAUUGAAUCUGAGGGAAAGCUCACCUCUCUUUACAAUAAUGACGAUCGGCUACCAACGGCCCAAUUUAUAUCUCGUGCUCGAGUCACGCCAUCUGGCCUUAUUGAGGUGCAAGGCAAUGAACCCUCCAUCAUUACGGGGAUUUCGGCAGAUGAAGAAAAUUUGAUACAUCAGUCUCCUAAUUCAUUUCACUCUUCGAAAACAAUUGGGUCCAAUCUUCAGUCAAGUAAAAAACAUCCAAGCCGAAGAUCUACAUUCGACUUCCUUAACUCUACCACCGGUCAAUGGACAGCCAACUUGACUAAGACAUUGGGCGAUAUCACGAACAGUGAAACGUAG